GUUUCAACCUUUGACAAUCAGCCAUUCACCUGCCUUUCUCAACGAUGGAGACAUGGUUCAUAAUAAUCGUCUCCCUCUGCAUCGCCGCCCUCAUCCGAUCCAUAAUAUUCCACCGGAACCACCACAACAAACUACCACCAGGACCAUCACUCCUACACUCCAGCUUCCUCCUGCUUACAAACCCCGCUUCAAAGUUCGAACCCGUUCUCAUCAACCUCAAGGCCCGGUACGGACCCAUCUUCACUCUUUCCACCGGUUUAGGACCUUCCAUCUUCGUCAGCAGCCACUCUCUAACCCAUCAAAUUCUUGUUAAAAAAGGUGCAGUCUUCUCCGAUCGCCCAAAGUUCUUGAUAAAUUUCAACAUCUCUAGUUCCUCCUAUGGUCCUACUUGGCGGCUCCUCAGACGAAACCUUGCGGCUGAGGUUAUGCACCCGAACCGCUUGAGAUCGUAUUUGUGGGCUCGAAAGUGGGCUUUUCAUAUGUUGGUUAGUCGUCUUUUGGAAGAAAAGGAUGAUGCUGCAGGAGUUAAAGUGUUUGAUCAUUUUCAUUAUGUUAUGUUUCGUUUGUUGGUGUUGAUGUGUUUUGGAGACAAGUUUGAUGAGACUCGAGUUGAUGAGAUCGCUAAGGUACAACGUGAGAUGAUGGGGAUAGUUGGUUCAAGAAGGUUUAACAUGCUCACUAUGUUUCCAAGGUUGGGGAGGAUGUUGUUUCGAAGCAUUUGGAAACAGUUUGAGAUAGCGCGUGAUAAUAAAGAACGAGUGUUGGUUCCAAUCAUCAAGUCGAGGAUGGAGUCUGCUUGUUUAGAGGGCGAAAUCGUGGCUUAUGUAGACACUUUUGAGAAUCUACGGCUUCCGGAAGAUGAAGGUGAGAAUGGAAAUGGUGGAAAGCUUACUCAUAGGGAGAUGGUGGGAUUGUGUAGUGAGUUUCUUACUGGAGGGACGGAUACAACCGCGAGUGCUUUACAAUGGAUCAUGGCUAAUCUAGUGAAGCAUCCUCACAUUCAGAGUAAACUUUAUGAUGAAAUUGUAGGAGUCGUCGGACCACCACGAAAAGGGAUGGAGUUGGAGCCCGAAGCGGUUAUAAAUGAAGAGGAUCUAAAGAAAAUGCGGUACUUGAAAGCGGUGGUUUUGGAAGGGCUAAGGAGACACCCACCAGCUCGUUUUGUGCUACCUCAUAAGGUCAUGAAGGAGGUGGAGGUGCAAGGGUACACGUUUCCACAGGGUGCUAUUAUCAAUUUCAUGGUUGGUGAGAUGGGUUUGGACCCAAAGGUUUGGGACGAACCCAUGAAGUUUAAACCAGAGCGGUUCUUGGUGAAUGAUGGUGUGUUUGAUGUAAGUGGGAGCCGAGGGAUAAAGAUGAUGCCUUUUGGUGCUGGAAGAAGGAUAUGUCCUGGUUCUGAUUUGGCACUACUUCAUUUGGAGUAUUUUGUUGCUAUUUUGAUUUGGUAUUUCCAUUGGAGUUUUCCUGAUGGUUAUCAUGUUGAUCUUUCGGAGAAGAUUGAGUUCACUACGGUCAUGAAAAAUCCUCUGAGAGCGCGAAUCACUUCUAGGGCUGAAAGAUGAUCUACUUGAGUCGAUAUAUACAUACAUACAUAUAUGGUAUAUAUACCAAUAUGAUUACAAUGUACUAAAAUAAGAACCCACUUGAAUCUCCAUGUAUGAAUUGCCUUGCGUCGUAAUGUAAAUCUAAUAUUUAUAUGAAUAUAGGAUUUACGUACAAUUAUGUUAUGGAACAAUUUAUGAA